CUGAUCUUCCCCCCCAUAGCUGCUCUGCCUUGAGGUGGUAGCACAUCUAUCUCCCUACUGAUCCCUACUUUUCAAAAUCCGGCACGGACAAUGUUUUCAGGUCUCCAUCGCAUAGCGAUACCUGGUAUAAUUCGGCAUUCUUGCAAUCACCGAAGAUUUUCAUUUGUAUCCGUGCACUCCGUCUUUCCAGCAGCUCUAUAUCGCUUCCAGGUAUAUCGCGAAUCUAAACUGUUUGACAAAAGCUUGGGCAAGGAUGAUUGGGAUCCCGAGGACAGUGUUGAAGUUUCCGCAGAUGGAUUGGUCUAUCCUAAAAUAGCUGUCGAUGGGACUGUGAUACCGGAUAGCCUUUUGCUCUACCGAGAAAGAGAUUCCCGCUUCCUACUUCAACCAUCGCGUCCAAUGUCAUUGAUGGACCUAAACAAGACUCUUACCGAUUUCUACAUUAAAAGUGGCACCAUUCUUGAUCCGGAUGGGUGGCUUGAGAAGCAUCCCUACCACGAAGCAUACUUUGAUGAUUCAGAGGAAUGGAUGAAUAAGUAG